AUGAACAGGGGAAAAAACUCUCCAAUGGAGUACCAAGAGACGAUGAACGAGCUGGGGGAGGACAUUGAGGAUGUGGAAGGCACAAAUCUAAACCGGGUCGGGGCAAACGGGUGUGCCGACAUAGAAUCGGAAAAAGGUGACAAGGCAGGAAAUGCAGUAGAUAAGAAAGCAAAUCCGUUUGACAAGGAAGCAGACGCGGCCAACUCAGCAGAUGGAGCAGACGUAGGAAGCAGCCCGCACAACACCCUCUACAACUACCCAACAGAAAGUGUCCAGAAAAUCCUAAAGACACAUUUAGAAGAUUACCUAAAACAGUUGGACUUCUACAAAAGUAACCCUAAGUGUAAAAUCGACCCAACAGUCUACCUAGAAGGAACAGAGGAAGUGGAGAAUUACAUCGUGAAGGAAAAAAUACUCAUAACAACAUACUACCAGUAUAUCGAUGUGUACGAAAACUCCAUCGAUGUAGAAGAGGAUCUAGAAAGAGAAGAAAUCGUCUACGUGGAGGUUCCGAAGUACGUCACUAAAUAUAACCCCAAGGUCGUAACAAAUUAUAUUGAGAAAACGAUUGAGGUGCCAAGUGGAGAGGAGAUUAAAAGGCCUGUCUAUAACAAGGUGAAUGUACCUUACGUGGUUCCACAUGUCGUGGAAAAUGAAACACAAGUGGUGUUAAAGAAGAUUGUCCAGCCAGAGAUCCACACGUCUAAUGAAGAGAUAGAAGUAGAAGUGGAAAAAUAUGUCCCCCGUUUAGUCCCAGUCAAUGUGUAUGUCCCUCGAUACUUUGGAUUAUCUGCAAAGACGACGGAUGAAGUGGAGCAGUCCGUUAACUAUGUUGACCUGACUCAGGAACAGACAGAUUACCUCAUGAAAGAAUUGAAUCCCCAUUUGAAUGAGCUAAAGAGCUUCAACGAGGCACAACUGAAACGAAUGGAUGAAUGCAUUCGCGAGUCUGAGGAACAGGCCAGGAGUCACGACUUGGACCCCCCGCAGCCGGAACUCGUAUUAUACGACUUGGACGGAAACAGCCACACCCUCGACUACGGUGACUUCUCCCAAUUUAAGGAGACCUGCCUGAGGGAACUGACCUGCUAG